UAUCAACUCGGUGAAACCCAUCUUCUCUUUGGCUCUGGAACGAUGCCUGAGAAAAUAACUCCUGAGGAUCUUUUGAACAACAUUGUGGGCUUAGCUGAAAAUAGUUCAAAACAGAAAUCUGUGCCGUUUUUUGGCGACGACAAAUCAGAUUCUGUCAGUUCUCAGUUGAAUCGGCUAUUUGGACGCCAAAAACCUGUCCACCACCUUUUGGGUGGAGGAAAAUCUGCUGACGUGUUGUUGUGGAGAAACAAAAAGAUAUCAGCUAGUGUUUUAACUGGAUUCGUUAACAGGUCCUCUUCUAAAGUACCUCGCCUUGUUCUGCCGGAGGAGUUAUUUGUCAACAUUGCCAUCUCAAUUGGUGCUGAAAUUAAUCGAGGGCUGGAGUUUAUUCAGGAUGUUGCUUGUGGAGGAAAUUUGAAGCAAUUUCUUGUGGUUGUAGCAAGCUUGUGGGCUGCUUCAGUUAUUGGAAGCUGGUGCAACUUUCUGACAGUUUUGUACAUUGGUUUCGUUGCUGCUCAUACAUUGCCAGUUCUGUAUGAGAGAUAUGGUGAUCAGAUCGAUGACUUUGUGUACUCAGUCUUUGGACAGCUUCAAAAUCAUUAUCGCAAGCUGGAUAGUAGUGUCCUCAGCAGGAUCCCUAAGGGGAAUCUGAAGGCAAAGAAACAUGAUUAAGAUACAUGUCUUGCCUAGAUACUGUAAAGUACUAGAUAUUCUUGUUCAUGUUACAGUAUCAUAAUCUUUAAACUUCACGUAAUUAAAUCUCCUUUUAAACUUGUUACCUUGUUUAAUCUUAGU